AUGAGGGUCUCGAGGUCUUUGAAUACGAGGAAGUUCCUGAGCUCUCUUGUUUUGUUGCAAUAUGUGCCCCGGGUUCUUUGCAUCUACCUAUCGUGUAAGAAGCUUAACAAGAAUCCUAGCGUGGAGACUGGAAUAUGGGUUAAAGGUUUAUUCAAUUUCUUUCUCUAUAUCCUUGCUAGUCAUGUACUUGGAGCCUUUUGGUACUUUUUUUCUAUUCAACGAGAAACAGCUUGCUGGCAGCACGCUUGUGGAAGAGAUGGAUGUGAACCUAGUACUUUUUAUUGUAAUGGCGAUACAUCUAGAGACGUAACAUCUAGAGUAACAUUUCUGAAUAAAUUUUGCCCUGUAAACCCACCAAAUGCAACAACAUUUGAUUUUGGUAUAUUUCUUGAGGCCAUUCAGUCUGAUGUGUUGGGGUCAAAGGAUUAUCAAGAUAAGUUCUUGAAUUGUUUCUGGUGGGGUUUACGGAAUCUAAGUUCUCUUGGUCAAAAUCUCCAGACCAGUACCUAUGCAUGGGAAAACCUCUUUGCGGUGUCUAUUUCUAUAAUUGGCUUGCUACUAUUCUUAUAUCUCAUUGGAAAUUUACAGACCUAUAUGCAGUUGUCAACUACAAGAUCAGAGAAGCUUAGACGGAAGAUGAAAAUGAAAGAUCUCGAUAUAGAAUUAUGGUUAUCUAAAAAUGGCCUCCCGAAGGAAAUGAAGGCGGUGAUCAUGGAAAACUUACAACGAAAGCUUGAAGAAAACAAAGAUGUUCAUGUGGAGAAUAUGCUCUCUAUUCUUCCUUUGGAACAUAAAAACAAUAUCAAGUACCAUCUCUGCUUGGCUAUCCUAAAGAAAGUGCCAAUGCUUCAAACGGUGGAUGAACAAGUGUUGAAAGUAAUCUGUGAGAAUCUUAAGCCAGUCAUGUAUACUGAGGACAUCCAUAUUAUUCGAGAAGGGGAACCACUUGAUAAGAUGCUCUUCAUCACGCAAGGCAUUGUAUGGGACUACACAUCUAGUAAGAGUAGUGGUUCUCCCUCAAGCACUCGUCUUCUUGGGAAAAAUGAUUUCUAUGGAGAAGAACUUUUAGAUUGGGCAUCAAAGUUUAACUCCUUUUCCGACUUACCCAUCUCGACCAGAAUUGUCAAGUCUCACACAAAAGUUGAAGCAUUUGCUCUCAUGGCCAACGACUUGAAGACUGUUGUCUCUAAGUUUUGGUGGCAUUUCAACAAGGAGAUGCGAAACUCUCAAGAGGAGUUAUUGGCAGCAACUUCCAUUCAAGCGACGUGGCGUGGUCGCCAAGCAAAGAGGGGGUCCAGCUGUGAAUCCUCCCCCGUUAAUCCAUGA